AAACCAAGACUGAAAAUUCCCAACUACAAAAUGAUUGACAUUUGUAUCAGUGAAUUAGAUUAAAAGAGAGUAUUAUUAAAACACGUAAAUAAUAUAAAAGACUGUCUUCUCAUAAUGUUGUACGCAGUUAACAUUUCAUUAUCGAAAAAUGAAGAUCACACUUAUAUUUGCUCUCGCCUUUAUGGCUAUUGCUACUGACAGUUCAGUUAUUUCACCUAAAAAUUUAAAGAUCAAUGAUUUCAUGGGAAUGAAAAAUUAUGGCAAAAGAAGACAACAUAAUUCUGAAAGCUACUCAUCACGGUCUAAAAAUCCAAAACAGACAUACAAUUCUGCUUUACAGCCAACUAAGUAUGAACUAGAAGAUAAUAUUUAUGUUAUUGAUCAUACAAAGCUAUCUACUGGUGAUUCUUCAGUUAGUAGAAAACAUAAUCCCAAUAAACUUAAUGUAACAAAAUUUUUUCAUGAAUUUAAAACUAGUGAUAGAUUAGAUCUUUAUAAUAUUAAUAUCAAUUAG